CUCAGCAGCAUCACCUCAAUCACCUUUAGUUACUACCGGCCAAUUUUUCGUGGUCAUCAACGUCGCCGCGUCGGCGGGUGAGGGACCCACUCAACCGCACAAGGACGCUGCAAGUCCGCACCCGCCCCCGCCCCCGCCCCCAUCCCCUUUCCUCCGCAAAUCUGCCAUGGCGCUCCCCAGCCUGACCCUCCGCUGCUUGUUUUCCUCCUUCCAACGUCACCCCACCACGGCCGCCGCCACCAACGGAGCUUCCCUCUCCCCUUCUCCAUCUCUUCCAUCCCCUUCCCAUCUCCAACCGUCCAUCCGUUUCAAGCCUAAAAGUAAUUUCUGUUCCGCUGGAAGACUCAGGUCGUCCUCUUCAGCAGUCCCUGCCGCGCUCGCACAAAGUACCAAACCCAUCAAACUCACGUAUCUGGAGGGCAACAGCUGGUUGUGGGAUUUGGGCGGGGUCAACAUCUUGGUGGACCCGAUUCUCGUGGGCAACUUGGACUUCGGUCAACCUUGGCUUUUUGAUGGAGCUAAGAAGAUCCUGAAGAACUUUAAGCUGCAGGACCUUCCCGACCUUGAUUGCUUGCUGAUCACGCAGAGCCUGGACGACCACUGCCAUGUCAAGACCCUGACACCCCUCUCGAAGAUGCUUCCUGGCUUGCCCGUCAUCUCCACUCCUAAUGCAGAGGCCAUCCUGAGCAAGCUAUUUAAGAAUGUUACAUAUUUAGAACCUGGUCAAAGCAUUGAUGUGGAAGUGAAAGAUAGAGGUAUGGUCAAUGUCUGUGCAACUGCAGGUCCAAUAUUAGGGCCUCCUUGGCAGAGACCGGAAAACGGGUACAUAGUUGAAUCUGGCCAAAGUCAUUUAACUGUAUACUAUGAGCCGCACUGUGUAUACAACCAUUCCUUUCUACAAAAUUACCAGGCUGAUAUAGUCAUCACACCAGUCAUCAAACAAAUGCUUCCUGCUUUCACUUUGGUCUCAGGACAAGAAGAUGCAGUGCAGCUUGCUAAGUUGUUGAAAGCCAAGUACAUUGUUCCAAUGAAAAAUGGUGAUCUGGAUACUAAAGGAAUUAUCACAAGUAUACUCUAUGAUGUGGGUACAACAGAAUCUUUCAAGGAAUUGCUGUCAAGGGAGCUACCAAAUGUCCGAGUGUUGGAGCCUACCCCCGGUAUCCCUCUGGAGAUACCUGUGGCUUCGGUUGUCUCAUAGUGUAGAAGGAACUAACAACGACAUCAUCCGAUGUUUUCAGAGCGUCGAUCCUAUCCUAAUUCAAAGAAAUAUGGGAAUUCAAAUUCCAGUUACGAGUAACAGAGAACAGAUGACCGGUCUUAUGACAAGAAGCUGGAUAUUGAAUGUGAAAUAUACAAUUUGACCAUCAUUAAUUGCAUCAUGACAUGAUCUAUUGGUUCUACUGGCUCGAAGAAUUUCUCUACCACCCAAGUUGUGGCAGCAAUUAAUGAUUGUAACGUGUCAUAUCUAUAAGCAUUCCUCAAAUUAUUGAGCCUUUCAAUUAUACAAUAAUUCAACAUUUUUGAUGUAAAAAUCCGACGUUUCUGAAUUGUGAAAGGAAAUGAAAAUAUAGUGCUAAAAAGCCAUGCAGAGUUUCA